CAUUUCUGCAUCUAUAUCCAUUUUUGACCACAAACGUAGUAUUUUGUGUUCUUCGAUCUCUCCCAAACUUUGUAUAUAAAUCCCGAACUUUUCCCUUCAACAACCCAACUCACCAUUUCCUGAUCAGACAUCCCAAAACAGAAAAAGCACUUUUGAUUUCAGUACUAUUGAUCAAUAAUUCAACAUGGAAAUGCUCACAAACGCUAAUCUUGCAUUCGAGGAUGAAAGUGCUUAUGUCGACGACGAUGAUGUCUUUUUUGCCGAGAUUAGAAGCCAGAUUUUGGCGUUGACAUCUGACAAUGAAGAUUUUCCGGACUCGAAAAGCGCAAAAUAUAACUCAUUUAGUAGCAGUGUCACCAAACGUCCUGCAGGUCACACUAUUUCAUCAUCACUUGGAUAUAUAAGCUGGUUGGGAAAUAAGAACAGUAGUAAUUAUGCAGUACCAGCUUCCCUUGCAAAGUUGUGGGAAAACAGCAAUGUUACUGGGACUGGAGUUUUUAUCCCACAAGCUGUAAAAUCCAGAAGAGAUUGCAGGCCAAGAAGGAUGAACAACGACAGGAGAAGAACUUACAAGCGAGUGGAGAACAUGAACAAGCAGUCAUGAGCACAAGUUUGCCAACCUCAAAUAAUGUCACGGCCCAGAGUGUUUCAAAACAAAACAGAUUACCGACGGGGGAAAAUUUUGCAGUAUAAACACUGCAAGCAUCAUGUGCCAUAAGGGAACUCGGGAAGAUUUAAUUAUAUACCAUUUUCAGGAUGUAUUAGUUACAAUUACUCUAAAAUACUACCUCAUUGUAACCCAA